UACUCCCCGGAGGAAACAGCGUCCGCAGCACUGUUAUACACGCACCGUUAUACAGCCGCACACGGGGCUUCUUUUACCGGCUGCUCCUCCUGUUACCAACCGUUUUAUACAACCAAAGACCUGAAAGAUGUUUCUCAGAUAUCUGCCUGUCGUGUUUCUCCUGAGCGCUGUGGUUAAAGUAGGAACAGUCAGCCAGACAACCAGCAGUUUUUCAACUUCACAACCAUCCACCACAACCUCAGUGGUUCCUACAACUACAGAAAGUGCCACAACAACUAUGAAACCAUCCACCUCCUCCGCAGAGACGACGUUCUCCCAGUCCAGCACCGUCACUGAGCGCAGUGGCUCCACCUCUAGCAGCCCAACUCAUUCUCCAUCAGUUCCAGCCAGCACGACAAAGCUGUCCACUACAAGCCCAGAGACAACCCAAGCCACCAGAACUAUGACCACCUUAACCACGUUGACUCAUUCAACUGAACCUGCUAGUGGCAAUACAACAACCUUAUCCACCACCACCAACAGUACUGGUACCACCAUCACUGGCACCACCAUGCCACCAACACCCACCACCACUAACAACUUCACCACCACCCCAUCCUCCUCCACAUCCACAAACACCACUGGCACCACCAUGCCACCAACAUCCACCACAACCAACAACUCCACCACCACCCCCAGUACUGGUACCACCAUCACUAGCACCACCCUGCCAUCAACACCCACUACCACCAACAACUCCACCACCACCCCCAGUACUGGCACCGCCAUCACUAGCACCACCAUGCCACCAACACCCCCUACCACCAACAACUCCACCACCACCCCCAGUACUGGUACCACCAUCAAUGGUACCACCAUCACUAGCACCACCAUGCCACCAACACCCACUACCACCAACAACUCCACCACCACCUCCAGUACUGGUGCCACCAUCACUAGCACCACCAUGCCACCAACACCCACUACCACCAACAACUCCACCACCACCCCCAGUACUGGUACCACCAUCACUAGCACCACCCUGCCAUCAACACUCACUACCACCAACAGCUCCACCACCACCCCCAGUACUGGCACCACCAUGCCACCAACACCGAUCACAACCAACAACUCCACCACCACCCCCAGUACUGGUACAACCAUCACUAGCACCACCCAGCCACCAACACCCACUACCACCAACAACUCCUCCACCACCCCCAGUACUGGUACCACCAUCACUAGCACCACCCUGCCACCAACACCCACUACCACCAACAACUCCACCACCACCCCCAGUACUGGCAGCACCAUCACUAGCACCACCCUGCCAUCAACACCGACCACAACCAACAACUCCACCACCACACCCAGUACUGGUACCACAAUUCCUAUUACCACCCUGCCACCAACAUCCACUACCACCAACAACUCCACCACCACCCCCAGUACUGGUACCACCAUCACAAGCACCACCAUGCCACACGCACCUACUACCACCAACAACUCCACCACCAUGAGUACUAGUACCACCAUCACUAGCACCACCCUGCCACCAACACCUCCCACCACCAACAACUCCACCACCACUCCAACCUCCUCCACAUCCACGACCAGUACUGGUACCACCAUCACUGUCACUACCAUGCGACCAACAGAAACCACCACCAACAACUCCACAACAGCAGUCCCGCCCAUCCCUCCUGUCAUAGUGUGUCCUUCCAUCCCAUGUCCACUUGAAAGUACCUGUCUGAAUGGCACUUGUCAGUGUCUCUCUGGUAGCUUCCUGGUGGAUGGCGUUUGUAGACCCGCCCAAGUGUUCCCAGGCCAGCUUCAUCUCAAUGACUUGACUUUUCAACCUGAAAUGAGCAACAGGUCCUCAGCAAUAUUUCAGAAGCAGGCGGCUGAGAUCUCAGCAGCGCUCAGAGAUGUCCUCAAAGAUCAGCCAGGGUAUUUACGGUCUGAUGUUUUGCAGCUUCAGCAAGGAAGUAUUCUAGCAACUGUAAAUAACAUCUACGAAAACACCAACGUUACUCAAGAAACAGUUGAUCAGGCCAUUAAUGCAGCGAUAGAAGCCCAAUCAAAUCCAUUGUUCACUAAUGCUUCAUUCACAAGAACAAACCUUUGCACACUGGCUCCAUUACCCUGUGAUAUGUUGACUACAGAAUGCACACCUAAAAAUGGCCAGCCUGCUUGUGUGUGUAAAGAUGGCUUUGUCCCGAUCUCCAACCUGUACUCAAACUCCAGCUGCCGAGCGUGUCCAAGUGGGCAGAGAGCAGUGGGAGACACGUGCCAACCAUGUGCAUUUGGAUACGCCGGCUUCAACUGCAAUGACUCGGCUCUGCUGGCAGUGGUGGUCAUCUCCUGUGUGCUGGGAGGGGUUUUGCUCAUCAUCCUGCUGGCUCUGCUUGCAUACUUCUGCUGGAGGAAAUGCUCAAAGAGCAAGUCAGACUACAGCAGCAGUCCCUACUCCUCAGGUGAGCAGACAAACCAGCCCUGGCCCACCGGCAUCACCCCCAUCCCCCGGGCCACCACUAACUUUGUGGACACUCCUCCGAUAGAGCUGGCAGAAGAGGGCAACAAAAAGCAUCAAACCAACGGAUUUACGGGAUCAUACGAUCUCGCCCCAGCUGGAAUGAACACCUUCAAAGGUAAAAAUCCGUCCCGUUACUCCUAUCUGGUUCAAGGCCAUGAGAACCCCUACUUCUUACCAGGAGACGACGGCAAGAAAUAAUGAAAUCCUUGCAGAAAUGAGGAACUCUGGGAUCAAAAGAAGCCACUGAUUUAAAACUCUGGGUCUGCAGGCACAUCUCCUGAGCAGGACCAGCUAAUUUAUUCAUGUUUGAACUUGCAACGGACAACAGCCACCAAAGAGAUUCACUCAUACGAGCAAGAACAUUUGAACUAUUUUUUUUAAAAGUGAGGUUGGGUGCAUCAUGCUGCAGAUCAUAACCAGUAGAUGUCGCUGUUUCUCAGUGUAAUUAUCUGCUUUACAAUAUAUGUUUGACUUUUUUAUGCUUUUUAGAAAUCAUCUUUUUAAAUGAUGCUUCUUAUUUUGCUAAUUGCACUAAUGUGUGCUCUAAGUUUACCACCAGUUUCCCUCUGAAAUCAAAGGGCAAUUGAAUGUGGGCUGUCAGGGGCUAAUAGCUAUUUUUCUCAUCGGUAUGAUUAUUUUUUUAGAGAAACAAAUCUUGUACGACUAAAGGGGCUGGAUCCCUGGUUCGGGGUGUUUUUAAAGGGAUUUAUAUCAUAGCUUUCUGCAGCUGAGAACGCGAAAUCUGUGUUUGUUGAAGCUGCACUUGCAAAAUGUGCCUGUUUUAAUCCUCUGUUUGACAAACAGGAAACAUGUGAAGUUGGUGAUAAAGCCUGUCUCCUGGAUGUGCCAAUUAUCACUUGUAUACUUUUUUGUUGUUGUUGAAAACUCUUAUAUAUAUAUAUUUAUCAAUGUGUGACUGAGACGGUGCACUAUUUUAUAAAUGUG